AUGGCGGACGAUUUGGAUGCUGAGUUGCUCGCUUUGGCGGGUGACUCUGAGGAGGAAACCUCACCACCACCCAAGUCGCCGGCGCACUCUGCUUCAUCACACGCCGACAGAGAUCAUUCACCAGCAGGAAUGGCUCGCAAAGGAACUGCUAAGCCGGCAUCCCGCCGGGCACGGAAGCCCAUGAAGGAUGAAUCGGAAGGUGAAAUUUCCGAUACUGGCUCCCGUCACUCUCUUCAGUCUGCUCCCAUGUCCGAGUCAGAGUCGGAGUCCGAGAAAUCCGAUCAAGAUGAUGAGGAUCGCCCUAUAUUCCCGUACGACAAGCUGUACUAUUCAGCCCAGGAUAAGAAAGAUAUCAUGGCAAUGCCAGAAAUUCAGCGCGAGGAAACCUUGUCCGAGCGUGCCCAGCAAGUCGAUCGCCAUAACCAGGAUCUCGCUCUCCGGCGUUUGUUAGCAUCCCGCUCCCGUGAUGAAGCCCGUGCCGCCAAAAAGGCCAAACGAAAGGCUGGUUCCGCCGGUCUAGAUGACCCCCAGCGCAAGAGCUCUCGCCAAAAGACCACUCUUGGUGGCCGCAAAGUUGGAGAAACCUCUGGAGCCAUUGAAGCCUACAAGCGUCAACGUGAGCAGAAGGGCAAGCGGGAUGAACUCCGCCGUCGGGAUCCUACUCAAUCUCGCCGCCGUUCGCGUUCCAUGGGCUCUGAGGGGUCUGACGAAGAUGCCGAUGCUGAGAGUGAUCUUGAAUUGGAUGAUCGUGUUGGUCGUUCUCCUUCUCUGCCUAAGGACGACCCGCCUGCUGAGCUUCGUGACAUCCAACGUGCUCGUGUUGGUCGCAGCAACUUCGCUCAGGUCUGCUUCUACCCUGGAUUUGAAAGUGCCAUGCUUGGCUGUUAUGCUCGGGUCAAUAUUGGCCCGCAUGCAGAAACUGGUCAGAACGAAUAUCGCAUGUGCUUGAUUACUGGCUUUGCUCAGGGAAAACCUUAUGCCAUUGAAGGAUCCAAUGGUCGUCCCUUUGUCACCGAUCAAUAUGCCAAGCUAGCGCAUGGCAAGGCUAUAAAGGAGUUCCCUUUUAUUGCUUGCUCUGAUUCUUCCUUCACCGAGAACGAGUACACGCGUUACCGCAAGACUUUGGCAGUCGAAGACAUCAAGUUGGCUACCCAAGGCAAGCUGGCUUCCAAGGUCACUGACAUCAACCGUCUUAUCAACCACCAGUUUACCAAAGAUGAGUUGAAUCAGAAGCUGCAACGCCAGGGUGCAUUCGACUCAAAGUGGAACAUUCUCAAACGUGCCGAUAUUGAACGUGACUUGAAAUUCGCCAAAGCCAAUGGAAACAUCGAAGAUGCUGAGCGGCUCGAGAAAGAACUGGAUGUUAUCCUGAAUCCUACUCUGUCUUGGGGAACGACUCUCACUAAGAAAGAGGUCGAUACGAAGCCGAUGGAAGCCGAGCGUGUCCACCAGAUCAACAUUCGUAACCAAAAGCUCAACUAUGAGAAUGUACGCCGUGCCCAGAUUGAGGAGCGCAAGGCCGCUCGCAAGUCCGCAGCCGCUGUCGCCCGUGGUGAAGCCCCCGCCGAUCCGUUCAUGCGUGUGCGAACAGUCGCCAAGACCCAUCACGAUCUCAGUGUACCCAGCCAAACUACUCCUUCUACCGAUGCUACUCCCAAAGAUGAAGUCAAGGAUACCCUCAAAAUUAGUAACGGCAGUUCUGCAGUGGGCACACCUUCUGGUAUUACACCUAAGAAGCCCAAGACUGGUUUCAUGAUCAGUCACCGCAACAACGAUGAUGAGAACAUCGCGGCGCUUGAUAUGGACAUCGACAUCGAGAUCUGA